UUUAGUAACAUUGCUGGGGGCGAGUAUAUAAAGCUAAAUUGGUCUCCAUUUUUGUUCGAGAUAUAAAUAAGUGUCGCCGAGUUAAGCCGUCAGAACUAAGUUUGAUUGUAUUGAAAAAGGAACACGUAAUAAAUAAUCUUAUAUUGUGAAACAAAUAGACGAAGAUGCAGGCGAUCAAAUGUGUUGUGGUGGGAGAUGGUGCUGUUGGUAAAACAUGUCUUCUUAUCAGUUACACCACAAAUGCCUUCCCGGGAGAAUAUAUACCCACAGUGUUUGACAACUACUCUGCCAAUGUGAUGGUAGAUGGAAAGCCCAUUAACCUCGGGCUCUGGGAUACUGCUGGACAAGAAGAUUACGACAGGCUUCGACCCCUCUCCUACCCACAGACUGAUGUCUUCUUGAUCUGCUUCUCACUGAUAAGUCCAGCCAGUUUUGAAAACGUUCGAGCAAAGUGGUAUCCAGAAGUGAGCCAUCAUUGUCCAAAUACACCGAUCAUCCUCGUUGGAACAAAGCUGGAUCUGAGAGAAGAUAAGGAAACUGUGGAAAAGCUGAAGGAGAAGAAGUUGUCUCCCCUUACUUACCCCCAGGGCCUUGCCAUGGCAAAGGAGAUAGGGUCAGUAAAGUAUCUGGAAUGCUCCGCCUUAACACAGAAAGGGCUCAAAACCGUGUUUGAUGAAGCCAUCAGGGCAGUUCUAUGUCCGAAACCAAAACCCAAGAAGAAGAAAUGCAAGCUGUUAUGAGAAUGCAGAUUGGUGUUUUUCUUUUGUAGUUGUUAUAAUGUUAAUGCUGGAGUUUCUCACAUUAAGUUUCAACUGUUGUUGCCUUCGCUCUUGUUAGGAAUUAGAUCAUGCAUACUUUUUAUGUUCACCAAUGCAUGUUUCAUGGCCUAAGGAAAUUGGUUUUUCAAUUUUGAGAAACUAGUGAAUUAAAACCAGGUUUACUGUGCACUGUUCUACCUAUUCAAAACCUCAUUAAUGUCAAUAACUGUAAGGUCUUUUUAUCCAGAGAAACGUUAACACAUUUCUGUCAUCUAAGUGAAAAGAUAACCGACAUUUCAGAAUCAUGCCACAUUUUUUUCCUGUAAAUGUAAUUUUGAACCUUUUGAAAUUGAAAUGCACAUUGCAAUUAUGAAAAGUUUAUGUAUAAAAUGGCUUAUUGAUGAAUAAUUAUGUAAACGUAUUGUCUUAAAGCUGAUUAUAUAAUAUGCAGAUGGAACAUCUUUUGUUACAUAUUUAAUAUCAAAUUCAUAACAUCAUCGGUUUAAUGACUGUUUUAUCAGUUACAAUAAACCAAAUGUUUACUCUCAGACUGUUAAUAAAUCCUGGCAUCAGUGAGUAAAUAACUUCAUGUUCGGGGCCACAAUUCAUGGUCACUAAUCUGCCUUAUUGUGACACACUUUGAAAUAACAACUGUGAAAUAAAUGCCUUGUGAACAAAACUAAUGGUUGAGGGUUAUAUGAUAUGCAUGCAUAUAUUAAUUUAUUUUUAGUGCCUCACAUAAAACAGGUAUAAUUAUAUAUAUGUGGCUACUGCAGAUAGAAAAACAGGUAUAAUUAUAUAUGUGGCUACUGCAGAUAGAAAUUUGAUUUCUUUUUUAAUAUGCAAUUGACGAAUUGUUUUUUGUUUUUGUUAUAUUUAAUUAUAUAUAUAUAUAUAGCCUUGGCAUUGUUGUCAACAGGGUGCAAAAAGAUGAUAAUCGGCCACAAUUCAAAAGCCUUUAAGAUAUUUACAUGAAACUUAGUAUGCAUGUUACCAAAGACAAUAUGCACAUGCAUUACAAGACCCAUAACCCUGGCUUCAAAAGUCUUAGUCAAGUUUUGCCACAUUUACGAACAUAUGGGCGUUGAUAUUUGCUUUGAUUGCUGUGCUUUUGUUAUAAUUUUUGCAGGAACAUACAGCCAGCUAUAUUUUGUUUUUAUUCUGAACAUUUCUACUGCUUUAAUGGUUAGUGCUACUUUGAUCUUCAGUCAAUCCACAUUGCUUUGAUUUUGUAUCUGCUCCAUGAAGUUAUCUCGAAAAGGGACUCUUCCUGGAAACUAUACGUUCAGUACAGUUACGUGUAUUUUUAUGUUCAUGUCACUUUGACUGUUACAGCUGUGAACAGGAGCCUUUGUACUUCAUGUAUUAAUGAAUAAGACUGAUAAGGCCAGAGUUUAAUUUGCACCCAAUUCCAUGUAAUAAUUACUUCCACACCUUUGGCAAUUCAGCCUAGAAAUGAAAACAUUAUGUCAUUACCAGUUGAAGCAUAUCUUGAUAUAGAUAUCUGUGAUUCAUUUUGAAAACUGCCUGAAUCCAUGUCUUGGUCACAUGUAGUCCUGAGCCAAAAGAAGUGAUCAAGAGUCCCAGGCAUAGUUUUGUGCACUGAAUAGGACUCUCAAUGCACAGCAGAAUGAAGCACUGGGAUAUGUUUCUUGUGUUGACACAGUUUGCGGCUUAUAAUGUUACUUCACUUGGUGUUUUGGUAAAUUCAUUGGUAAAUGUAAUGAUACAAUGUUCAACCAAAUGAUUUUUUGUAUAAUGAAACGAAUCAAUAAAGCACACAACCUUAUUGUUAAAAGUUUGUGUGUAUUGGGAUACGAGUAUGCAAACUUAAGUGUGUGAGUGUGUUGCAGGUUGCUAAAUACAAAUAUACAUAAAUUGUUAGCUCAUGCAUGUAGUAAAUGAUGGUGGAACACAGAUGAAUUAUCAUAUUUUUAUUUUAACCUUUUUAUCUACCAGUAUGAGCAUAUUUCCAUAAACUUGUAUUGAAAAUGAUAAUCAUGUUUUGCACUAUUGUAUCUGAAUAUAAUGUUCUAUACCAGAAACAGAAUUUAUUGCUUUUCAUAUAAUUAUAUAUAUACAUCAAUGACAUCUUUUGGUCAAGUUUUUGUGUUUCAAGGUGUAGUUGUGAUAAUUCGGUUGUUAUAAUCAUGAAAAAAUGAAAUUUGUAAUAGUAUUCUGUGAGUAAAACUGCUAUGGAGUAACUGAAUGAUACGGCAUUUACACUGAUAUUUCACAAUGCCAAAAUGUAAGCACCUGCUAUAAGUGAUAACUUCUUUUAAAGGGAUUCCCACAAUUUUCGUGCUGGUUGCAAUUUUAUUCAACUAUGCUGAAUUGAGUUAAUUAUAUUAUGUGUUAUAAGAAUACAACAAACAGCAAUGGAAAAUCUUAAUUUUUGAACACAGAUUCCUGUAAAGUUGUUUAAUCUUCAUAAGUGUUGCAUUUAUUAACAUUUUCAGCAGUCAAUCAUUUUGGUCAUAUUUGCUAUUUAUUAUGAAAACAACGGCUCAUACUGGAGCUUUGAUGAUGUUUCACAUUUGAAGGAAGUGGUUUGUUUAUAUUGCACACAAAUUUGAUUUUUCUAUGCCUGACCCUUUAAAAAGUGAGUCCCUUUAAUGAUCAUAAAACAUUCUUAGUCUAGUAUUGUUUUUGCAGCAUGGAUAUACAGACGCUAAUUUAUGCAUUAUUGCUUAGAUUGUAUAAGAAAAUCAACUUCAAUGUUGUAAAGUUCAUUGCAAUACACAUGUAUGUAGAAAGAGUAUAUCUGUGUUAUUCAGGCUCGAUACAGGUACUUCCAGUGUGUACUUGUGCAUAGCAUUGGUAUACUAGGUUAGAUGUAGAUGGAUGUACAAAUUAUUACCAUGUACAAAUUUCAGAUUGUUACUGUACUCUUUUUUUUAAUGCUAUAUCUUUAUAAAAAAUAAAACUGACCUUUGUA